CUUACAUUUGUGGCUUUGGUUGCGUGGAGAUGAGAAAAAGGGAAUGGGUGGGGGUGGUCUUCCCUCAUCCCUUAAAUCCUUUAUUCUCCUUCAUAGCAUUUAUGACCUUCAACAUCCUAUAUAUUUUGCUUAUUUAUUUUGAUUUUAUACCUGUUUACCCCACUAGAAUGUGUCCUCCCUGAAGACAGAAUUGCUUAUAUUUAUAUCUAAACCUGGGCCUGAUACCUAGUAGGUACUCAAAAUUUUUGUUAAUUGAAUUAAUUAAUCCUUCCACUAGAUGUAGCUAUUCGAACCAACUCCAGAGUCCCUGAAUUUGUUCCAGAUGUUGAAGGGCAGAGGCUGAAUUGUAGGACCUGAGAUUUUCAAAAUAUAAAUCCUAGAAAGUGCUAUAGUGAUUCAGAUGGUAGACCUUCUAGACUAGUAUUUUGAUGGGAUGAAUGUUAUGGCAACGCCUGGCUGUUCGCCUUGACAUCUGCCUCAGAGAUUGGACAUCAUCAUUCAUUCAUUCAGCCAGACAGGCAGAGAGUCGAUCUUUUAUCAAUAAUUAGCUCUGGGGAUAGAAAGCUGAACAAGAUAUAUAGGCUCAUUCCCUCAUAAAUCUUGUCAUCUAUAACUAGAUCAACAUUUUUGGGGGAAAUUAUUUAUCUUUUCAGCCUCUUCCAACCCUGUGAAGAAGCAUUCCUUAGUGUCAGUGAUGCUGGAUCAAUAUGAGACAACAGUAGGCGUAUAUAUGAUGGUGGAAGAAAAUGGGUAGAAAAUUUCAGACUUGAAAAGUGCUGCCUCCUGAUUUUUCUGCUACCUGCUCGCAUCCCUUCUCUGAUGAGGGGUCUAUUGCUCAUCCACCAUACACCAUGUGCUUUAGAGUGAAAUUCUACCCACACGAACCCUUGAAGAUUAAAGAAGAGCUCACCAGGUAUCUUUUGUACCUGCAAGUUAAAAGAGAUAUUUUCCACGGUCGACUGCUCUGCUCCUUUUCAGAUGCUGCCUACCUGGGUGCCUGUAUCGUCCAAGCUGAGCUCGGUGACUAUGAUCCUGACGAGCAUCCUGAGAAUUACAUCAGUGAGUUUGAGAUUUUCCCCAAGCAGUCACAGAAGCUGGAAAGAAAAAUAGUGGAAAUUCAUAAAAAUGAACUCAGAGGCCAGAGCCCACCAGUUGCUGAAUUUAACUUACUCCUGAAAGCUCACACUUUGGAAACGUAUGGGGUGGAUCCCCACCCAUGCAAGGAUUCAACAGGCACCACAACGUUUUUAGGAUUCACUGCUGCAGGCUUUGUGGUAUUUCAGGGAAAUAAGAGAAUCCAUUUGAUAAAAUGGUCGGAUGUCUGCAAAUUGAAGUUUGAAGGGAAGACGUUUUAUGUGAUUGGCACCCAGAAGGAGAAAAAAGCCAUGUUGGGGUUCCAUACUUCAACACCAGCUGCCUGCAAACAUCUUUGGAAGUGUGGGGUGGAGAACCAGGCCUUUUAUAAGUAUGCAAAAUCCAGUCAGAUCAAGACUGUGUCAAGCAGCAAGAUAUUUUUUAAAGGAAGCAGAUUUCGAUAUAGUGGCAAAGUUGCCAAAGAGGUGGUGGAGGCAAGCUCCAAAAUCCAGAGGGAGCCUCCAGAGGUGCACAGAACCAACAUUACUCAGAGCCGCAGUUCCCACUCCUUGAACAAACAACUCAUCAUUAACAUGGAGCCCCUGCAGCCCCUGCGGCCGUCCCCCAGCGAGCAGGAAGAGGAACUUCCACUGGGUGAGGGUGUUCCAUUGCCCAAAGAAGAUGACAUUUCUGCCCCCUUGACCUCCAGCUCACCAGUAAAGGAAUCCCAUGAGUAUGAAGAGCCCUCAAGUGAAGAGGAAGAUAAAAUAAAAGAAGAGCCCUUGACCAUCUCUGAACUGGCAUACAACCCAAGUGCCAGCCUGCUCCCUACCCCCAUUGAUGAUGAUGAGAUUGACAUGCUCUUUGACUGUCCAUCUAGGCUGGAGUUGGAAAAAGAAGACACAGAUUCGUUUGAGGAACUAGAAGCAGAUGAAAACGCCUUUUUAAUGGCCGAAGAAGAAGAGCUGAAGGAGGCUCACCAAGCUUUGUCAUGGAGCUAUGACAUUCUGAGUGGCCAUAUUCGGGUGAACCCACUGGUCAAGAGUUUUUCCCGGCUCCUUGUGGUGGGCCUGGGCCUGCUGCUCUUUGUAUUCCCCCUGCUCCUCCUCCUUUUGGAGUCAGGUAUUGAUCUCUCCUUCUUAUGUGAAAUCCGCCAGACGCCCGAGUUUGAGCAGUUUCACUAUGAAUACUACUGUCCUCUCAAGGAGUGGGUGGCUGGCAAAGUCAACCUCGUUCUUUACAUGCUGGGUUGCUCAUAAAGCUCAUAUCUCAUAUGACUAAGGGCUAUAUUCAAUACUAGUGAUUUCUUUUUCUUUCAGCAAAGGCCUUGUUCUGAAUGGUCACAGGACCAUCAACAGGUGUUCUUUACUCAUAACUGAUUAUUCAGACCUUUAAGUUAGCUUUCCAUAAUUCACUGCAAGUAAAUAAGUUUAAAUCAAAUACAGUUAUUUUAGUUACAGGUCAGGAAGAUGGCCUCUAAAUAACCAAAAAUAUGUUUAUUUUUUAUUAUAGUACAGACAUACUCUUUAUCUAUUAUAAUAAAUUGAGCUGAAUUAGAUUUCCUCCUUUUUUAAUAGUUAACACCAUUAUAAGCUAUGAGGUUCAGAAUCCGAGUUUUAGUAAAAACCCAAGAGAAACUUUUUUGAAUAUAAUCCUUAGCGAAAACAAUGUUCUCUAACCAAUGCCUAUACAACUAAAUUUAUGCUGGGCUUUUGUUUUUGUUUUUUUAAAAAUAUUUUUAUGUGUUCAAAAUAUUUUGGUAAAUUUUUAGCAAAAAAAAAAAAAAAAGAA